CUGGUGCCUAGAGAUCUUACCUGGUGCAUUUUUCAGAAAACUAGGCGUAGUAGGGACUAAAGUUAAUUUGAAGUGGUGGAUACAUUGUGCGUGUGACAUUCUGAAAGAUCAUUUGACUCCACUCCUCGACAUGUAAGUUUUAUUGUGUGUGUGUGUGUGUGUAGCAUACGAUGUCGUCAGAAAUCGUUCCAGAGGUGGGCGCACCGGAAGACUGUCUAUCGAUGAUUUCGCCCGAUGACAUCGAGACGAUCCGAACUCUCUUCCAGCAGCGGCCUGAUUUGUGGGAUGAUUUCAAGACCCUGACUGAAGUUGUGGACUGUCUGAAUAACCACGUGACAGAUUACCAGAAAGUACACGGUUUGUUAAAGAGAAUCUAUGGCAGCACCAUUGUAAAUUCAGAGAAAGGGAGGGAAGCGUUCUCUCACUUUGCCGCCGCCUUACAGUUUGCUGAGAAAAGUGUGGAGUUUAUGAGGCAGACGAUGAUAAAGAAAGGGCUGACGUACAUCACACAGUUCACUUUACCGCACCCAGAUGUCGAGAGUUUAUGCUUAUUUUUAUUAAGAAGCAUAUUUCUUAAUUGUUCAUGCUCUAGCAAGGAGUUUGCCACACAACUUGCAAAGACAGGUGUGCUGCAGGACUUGAUGGAAGAUCUGAAGCACAUGAAGAAUCAGUCAGCUGAGCGUUUGAAGAAAGGUGAAGCUUUCAAACCGGCCAUAGGUAUCAUAAUCAACUGCUGUCGAACCUUUGAUGGAGUAGCCAUAGUUAGGGCAAUGAAUGUAAAGGACGACCUCAAACCUUUUCUUUCCAAAGAUGAUCAUGAUAUUCAAGCACUUGCGUUCUGCACCCUUAGUUUCCUCGUUGAAGACGAUGAACUGGACCUGCUUAAAGUCAACAAAUUGCUGCUGCAAUAUUGUUUCCAGUGUAUAUACGGGGCUGCAGACUCAAAAAGUGACGGCUAUAAUGGAUGGUUGAUGGAAGAAGUUCUAUCCCUCUUAUCAAGACUCGCCAGGAAUGAUUACAACAAGCGUUUGAUUUUACGAACUGGUGGGUUAAAAAUGCUGGGCAUGGUUCUUGAAAGUAGGACGGAGGUGGAGCAAGCGAAUGCAAUCAAGCUUCUGACUCAGCUUGCAGUGGAAGCAGAAGGCAAACUGCUGAUGCAGGCAGAUACCAGUCUUUUGAUGACUGUUUCAAAACUAGAAUCGGAUGAGAACAGACCAUUCCGUGAACAAGCUGCUGACCUUCUAAGGACAAUCCACGAAAUAAACACGACACCCGUCCAGCAAGAAAUACUAACACUUCUAAAGGACCGAGUGAACGCGCUGGCCAUCCUUGACACCAGUGAGGUCGGCUUUGUGCUCUGUCAGCUUCAGGUCCUCGCCACUGGAGGUCGCCACAACCACAAGGAAUACUCCGCCAUUCAGCUUCUAGAAGUCUUGUCACUCUUCGUCAAAAGAGACAAACAAAAACAACAGAUGACAACUCAAGGACUGGACACACUGUGCUGCUACCUGGGGAAAGGUGAGGAUGCAGAGAAAAGAUUGGUGCUUGGUAUCGUCCUGGAUAUUGUGUCCGACACGGAGGCUCUCAGAUUGGUAAAGAAUCACUCAGGUUUUGUUGCAUUGCUGGAUGGACUGCGAGCUUCUGAAAAUGAAGAGCUUUCUCAAAAGGCUAAUCUCAUCUUGUGUGCUAUUGACCAGAAAAUCUAGAAACUUGUCGUGUCUGAAGUAUAAUACUCAGUGGUAUUUGUAAGUUAG